AUGGCCAGCUCCCCCGUGUCCCGCGUGGUCUACAACGGCAAGCGGAGCGGCGGCCCGCGCUCCCCUGGCGCCGGCAGCGAGAUCUUCACGCCGGCCCACGAGGAGAACGUGCGCUUCAUCUACGAGGCCUGGCAGUGCGUGGAGCGUGACCUGCGCAGUCAGAUGGGCUCCGAGCGCAGCCUGGUCGAGGAGUACGUGGAGAAGAUGCCGAACCCUAGCCUCAAAGCGUUUAAACCUGUUGACCUGGGUGAUCUGAAGAGGAGGAACACACAGGAUGCAAAGAAGUCCUAAGACGGGUCCUCCCUGCGGAUCGGCUGGUCUCCUAAGGUCCUCAAGCAGAUUUAAUUUGAGAUUUUGUGUUGAUUUCCUCCUCUGGUCUGUACUCCCAAAAGCCCGCAGGAGAGCCAGUCAGCUUUGGGGCUGGCUCUGAAGCUACCUGAAGUCAAAGAUGCUCAGGGGCUCACUGAGGAUGCCCAGAGCCUGUUGCAAAGGAUUCCAGUCCCCCACUCAUAGCUUUCUCUGGCCUCAAGCUGUCCUUCCCCACUUCAUGCUGGGCUCACAGAUCUCCCGUUCUCCUUCCAUCUCUGCCCCGGUGCGUUGAGUGCAUGGGCUCCCUGGGCUCUGGUGCGCGGCAGGGCAGAGCAGAGUGGCCGCGUUGUCGGUAGAGGCAGCGCUAGUUCUCCACUCCCUCCUGUGCACCAAGGAUCCACAGCUGCUGGGGCGGGCCAGGGGGAGAAGGAAGGAGAAUUCUCUCCUUGUGCCGUGGGACAGACAGGCAGCCCCAGUUCAACACCCUUCACGCAGCUGACUGCUGAGCAGGUCAUGCUGGCUGUUCCUUGCUCCCUGGUGGGAGGGCUUAAUUUGUACCUGGGCUGCUGGUGCUCGGGACUCGUCAGUGCUGCCAGAGAUCGUGGGUCCGUAUCCGAGGCUGGAUUUUCCUUGUGCUUCAUUUGGGCCAGAUCCCUGUGUGGUGCUGGAGAUGGAGCUGUUCCCCUCUCCUUGCAGAUGGAGAGAGACGGGGUGUCGGCACUGGCCCCAGCCCCAGGCGCCUGAGAGGUGCUCCGAGGGGGGUGCUGGGCUGCAUUCUGCACCCCCCCCCGACCUCAGUGCUCUGGCAGCUCCAUGGGAGGUGGCAGCAGUGGGGGGAGUGGCUGGUGCUGACUGUGCGGAAAGAAGCUCGUUGGCGUUCUUGCCUGUGCAGCGCCAUGCUGUUCUAUACUAACACCAUUUUCCAGAUGUACACCCUUGGAAGAGAUCUGGCCUCCACAGCUGGCAGAAAUGUUGCUGCAUGGGGGCUGCUGUAGUCAGUGUAACUCGCCCCGGGGGGGCUUUCUUGGGACCCUCACUCCUGGCAAGGCUCAGGUGGUUUCUGCAUCAUCGUCUCUGAGCAAGGGAGGGCGACUGUGCCAUCCUCACCCUCCUGAGCAGAGCAGCUGGGCUGGCUGUGUCUCUGUGCCCCCAGAAGACCCUGGGGAGCGGUGGGAGCAGCCCCCUGCCCGCCUGUGCUCUGAGCCGGCGGGGAGGGGGCUGCAGGGGCUCUGCCCAGCGCUGGUGGGCUUCAGGAGAGGUGCGGGAGGAGUUGUGGCUGCCAUUACCUUUCCUUUGUUGAGUCUUUGAGCUAUACUGUUCCCUUUUCUUUUUUUUUUUCUGUUGUCUGUCACUUGAGGAGUGUUGUAAAUAAAAGCUGGUGUCCUUUUG